GACGAUUCACCAUCUGUCAAAAACGCGAUACGUGUGCGCGCUGUUGGUGUGUGCUGGUCAGUGAUGUUGUGAGUGAACGAACUGUAGUGAAAGUGGUGAAGAUUUUUCCCCUGGCCAGACUGGCGCAUAAAUUUUCAACUCCGACCUUUACCGACUGCCGGAAACCGAACUGAGCUGAGCUGAGCCCCUAUCCGCAAGGCAACGAUGGCAUCCCGCGGUGGGCCCAUGAUCAUGGGUACUGACGGUGCCGAUUUCGAGCACAGGCAGCGUGUGGCCGCACAUUACCAAAUCAGUGCACUCAACAAAGCCCGGUUAAAAUACUGCAUUUUCUUUCACUACCUGCUGUUUUUCGUGAUGCUAGUCAAACUCUCGGCCGACAUUCUGGACCGCCUGGACAUCUUUAUUCUGGAGAUUGAAGAACUGCAGGUCCCCCCGCCGCUCUGGUGGGAGUACUUCUGGUGUCUGUCGGUGUUUCUCUCCUUCAUCGGUUUGUCGGCGGCCCGUCGCAAUCGCAUAAACGAUAUGAAAAAGUACAUGGUCGGUAUCAGCACGAUCGCCUUCGUGCCGCUAAUCUACUGCAUUAUCUACUAUCUGAACGACGUGAUGGAGUACAUGAACUUAGAACAAAACGUUGAUCUGAAGGACACGGAUAUCUUCGUUUGGGAGGUAAUUGGAUAUCCAUAUGGACUUCUGUGGUACGGAUUCGUGUUAAUGGCACUUCAGGUGCACUUCUUCUCGCUGUACUUCGCCUGGAACCUCAUAAAAGCCUGGAGGGCUCGCGGUACGCUCAAAAAGAGCGAAUAGUUCAGAUCCUACGGCAAUGAAAAAGUAACCACUUAAAGACAAUAUUUUCGAUAAAACCAACGUCAAGCUACUGUUUAGUAGUAGUUCUUUACCGGCACUAAACACUAAACGGACUGCUUAUUCGAUGUACCGGAUUUCAAGAUUUAUGCAGUCCAUUUUCCACACGAUUAGAACAUUUUCACUGUAGCCUUUUGGUCCUAAGAAUUGGGUAGUAAACGGUCAAAGAAAAAGUCGUGAAAUGAAUAAACUGUAGCUCGUGGUAGUAUCGGAUAACCGUUACUAUCACUAAGGUCGCUUAUACGAAGACAUACUUUCCAUCGAUGUUGUAGAACAGAUAAAAUUUCAAAAGGUUUAGAAAAUGGAUACAUUGUUAAAUUAGAAGAAAACAGCAGCAAAUUUAUUCUUACCAUAGUGUCUAACGUACAACUAGCUAAAUCAUAGUUCUUUUUUACGUUACUAUACCAUGCAUACGAUAUCAGUUACAACACAUGUGAAAGUUAAAAACAACUUACAUAAUUGUAAAGAAAAGCACAGAAUCUAUGUAGUAUGGGAAGGCUACCACCGGACCUAAACAUAAGCAAUUGUCCUGUUUUAAGUUUUCGUUAUUUCGCUUGUAUAAUAUUGGAUAUUUUAAACUACUCACGAUACACUACCAAACUUAACCAAGUUUACUUAGACAAAAUAAAAAGAUGGUGAAGCCUCUCUACGUAAACUCCCGAUAAGCAAAACCAACGUUAAACAAUGAGCUCAACUUAUUUGAUAUUUACAAAAUUCACCGAAAAAAAAUGGUCGAAACAAGAUAGAAUUGUUACUUAUACAGUUACUUUUUAAACACCCUACAAGAGCUUGAAUACUGCAGUUGAAUAACGAGGAAAUGCUUAUUGUUAUUGACAACAGAGUCGUCGCACUGAAAUGGAUUUGAACGGAAUAUUUUGUUUAUCCACGAUAUAAAACUGCGUGAGAGAAGGAACGCAUAUUUUACUGAUCGAAAAAAAAAAUGACAAAACAGGAGGCGGAAACAAUAUACAGUGAAAAGUUAAAUAAUAUUUAUUAUGAGCAAUGUUACUCAAACUAUUCUUAUGAACACGAUUUAAACUUCAAGAGGGAGGACAAAUAAAGUCGUUGAAUGUGAACAUUGAGACCUGGAA